CCGCGGCGGCCCCGGUCACUGUGGCCGGCGCCGCGCGCGGAGUGGGGACGCGUGCCAUGGAGGAGACGCCGCCCCCACUGCAAGCCGGCAGCAAGCCGCACCUGGAGAAGCUGACCCUGGGCAUCACUCGCAUCUUAGAAUCUUCCCCAGGUGUGACAGAAGUAAGCAUAAUAGAAAAGCUACCUGCUGAACGUCAUAUGAUUUCUUCAUGGGAACAAAAAAACAAUUGUGUGAUGCCUGAAGAUGUGAGGAACUUCUAUUUGAUGACCAAUGGCUUUCAUAUGACAUGGAGUGUGAAGCUAGAUGAACACAUCAUUCCACUGGGAAGCAUGGUGAUUAAUGGUAUUUCAAAACUGACUCAGCUCAUCCAGUCUUCUAUGUAUUCACUUCCUAAUGCACCAACUCUGGCAGACCUAGAGGACGAUGAAGAAGCCAAUGAAGACCAGCCAGAGAAGCCUCACUUUGACUGUCGCAGUGUGAUAUUUGAACUGGAUUCUUGCAAUGGUAAUGGGAAGGUUUGCCUCGUCUACAAACAUGGGAAACCUGGAUUAGCUCAUGACACUGAGAUCUGGUUCCUGGACAGAGCAUUAUACUGGCAUUUUCUCACAGAUACUUUUACUGCCUAUUACCGCCUGCUCAUCACCCACCUGGGCCUGCCCCAGUGGCAAUAUGCCUUCACCAGCUAUGGCAUUAGCCCACAGGCCAAGCAAUGGUUCAGUAUGUACAAACCCAUCACCUACAACAAUACAAGCCUGCUCACAGAAGAGACUGACUCCUUUGUGAAUAAGUUGGACCCCAGCAAAGUGUUCAAGAGCAAGAACAAGAUCUUAAUCCCCAAAAAGAAAGGGCCUGUGCAACCUGCCAGUGGCCAGAAAGGACCCGGGCCCUUAGCUCCUCCUUCUGCUAAACCUUCCUCUGGCUCUGGAAACUCUGUCCGAAAAUAAACAUCCCAUCAGCUUCACAGCAGUGAUAUCAACACACAGGUGCCCUGGGGUGGCCCCAUCCUCGGGCUUCUCCUGGGGACCAAAGCCUUAGCCAGGAGUUGGGAAGACCACAGGAGUCCUUUCCUCCACAGGUUGUGCCAACCCCAUCUCCAAAACCAGCUAAGACUUUCAGGUGUGUCUGAAAUGUUUUGUUUUGUUUUUACGUUUAUACCCAAUCCUUAAUGUCUUAGCAGUAAUUAGGUCCUCCCAAAUAAACCCAUGGCUGAACUCAUCAUCAUCAUCAUCAGUAACAACUAGUCAUGUGACCAUCUCAGUUAUGAAAAUUUUAUACCCUUCAUUUCAUUAGCCACAUUUCAAUUAUGCACUUGAUAGUGGAUUCCAUAUGGGAUAACAUAGAGACAGGGAGCAUUUCUGUCAUAGAAAUGUUGCAUGCGAACAUUUUCAUACUGUCAAUGUAUAAUGUUAAUACCUUAGCUUUAUAGGCUAUAUGUUUUGAGAAGACACUUUCAAAGACACAGUCUUGUGUUUUUUAUGACCUAUACCACAAACAUAUCUCACUUAAGUCAUUUCUUUUUUUUAAUUUACUGUAAAAACCCAUGUUCCUGAUCAUUUUCCUGUUUCCAGCUUUGUACGGAUAUUUCUACAUUUGCCAAAACCAACUUUUUAAGAGAUUGACUCGUGCUGUAUUUUAUCUUUUAAAGCCAGUCUGCUCACAAUAACUUUUAGCUGUUCUGCUUAUUCACAGUUGGGAGCUGUCUCUCCCAUCUACCUCUGUUCUAAGCAGUACCCUGCCUGGAACAGUGUGGGUGCCAGGAGGCCUUUGUAAGCAUGUCCUGUAAUUCAGAAGAAACAUGGUGGUAUUAGACACUGAGCCAUCCCACAGGUUUAUCUUCUGUUAAAUAUUAGGCAUAUAGCAAUUUCUAUGAAGAAAUUACUCGAUUUUCAGUUAAGGAUAUCUGAUUCCUUCCUCUGCAGUCCUGGCAGUGGGCAACCCCAAUGUUCUUAAUGGCUGCAAUUUUUGUACUGAUAUUCCAGAAGUAGAAAAAUAAAGAGUUCUGAGGAAGGGGAGACUGCACACAUCCUUUCUUGAUAUUUUCUACCAGUGCUUGUCCAGCCAGGCUCUGUGUGCUGCCUCUACCUACUGGUCACACUAGGCUUCUCUUUUCUGUCGUGUGAUGGGAGCUACAGGUCCCUGUCUCUCUCUCUCUCUCCACCUGCACUCCUCUGACAUCACUUUGAAUAUUUAUGAACAUUUCAAAUUCUUGUUUGGGGGGCUGGAAAGAUGGUUUAGCAGUUAAGGGCAUGCACUAUUAAUGCAGAGAACCCAAAUUCAUCUUUAGCACCCACAUGAAGCA